AUGAAUAUGUUGGAUGAUGAAGAUGACCAAAGCUUUCACGCUACGCGUGACGGCUACUCCCAUUUGAGCGAUGUCGAAUGGGAUGCGGUUGAACGAAUGGGUUCGACCAUGGGCAUCCAUGCUGUUAGCGUCAUGCUAGAGGCUCUCAAUAGAGAUGCCCAACAUGCUACUAUCGCCAAGUUCAUUCAAAAUGAACUUGACGCAGAACGCGAGAAAGUAGCCUUGCUUCACCAACAAGGUUCUCAACAAGCAGAGUUGUUGAGAGAACAAGGUGCUCAACAGUUUGAACUGUUGAGACAGCAGCAGGCUGCUGCUGGCGGGUCGAUGCACUCGCGUCGGCCCGAGACUUUGAAGAUUGACAUCUCAAAGUAUAGGGGGGUCGAAGAAGACUCCCUCUUGAGAUGGUUCGUCGAAUUGGAUGACGCCAUAAGGGCGCGUCGCAUCGACGACGGGGAUAUGCAAGUUGCAUUUGCCCAGUCAAAUCUGGCAGGACGUGCCAAGACUUGGGCACUGGGGCUCAAGCUGCACGACCCAUACGCGUUUGGGUCGUUGGAAGUCUUCAAGUCGCGGCUCAGACAAACGUUUGAACCGCCUAGAGCUGAGUUCAGAGCUCGAACCGAACUCUUGAAGCCCAAGCAGGGUAAGCGUGAUGUGCACGCUUACGCUCAACAUAUACGACAUCUCACGAGUUGUAUAAGUUCCAAUCCGGUGGAUGAACACACGUUGGUUUCGGUGUUCAUGCAGGGUCUUGCGGAUGGUCCCGUCAAGACUCACCUGUUCCGGCUUGAACUAGAUUCACUAGAACAAGCCAUUUCAAUUGCGGAGCAGGAAGACUUCAGUCUGAGACAGGCUCGCGCCAGCUCGACAUCAUAUCGUCAACCGAGACGAUAUGACAACGGAGGUCCAGAGCCGAUGGAACUCUGUUAUGUAGAGAGCGAGAAGGCUCGCUCUACAGGCUACAAGAAGUUGCAGAGAUGCAACAGAUGUCAAAAGACAGGACACUACGCUUACGAGUGUAGUGCCCCUCGUCCAGUGUCUCGCGACACUGGGCGUAGUGACCGUCCACCCAUGAGAAAGGGGCAGGGACGAGGGUCCGCAGUUGGUGCAAAGACGCAACAACGGGAUGGACCGUCAAAAAACGGACAGGAUCAGUAG